AUGUCGCCAGCGCCAGCACUCCACGAAUCGGAACUCAUUUUCUCGUCAGCAGCAUCAGCACUCAAGGAUGCCCUGGGUGAACUCAAACGCUCCAACCUCUCGAUCAAGAAUCGCUUGAAAUCCAUCAAGCAGGACUCCGACUUCGUGAGCAAAGUCGCCAGCGCAUACGGCCUACCCCUGGUCGCCAACGAGCGAUGCGGAAGUUGGUACAUUCGUCCUGAUCUGAAGGCUGGAAGUGCCUAUUUCAAGAGUACAGAUGGUCACUUUGGCCAGUGGGGCUUCAGUCUCCGGAGGCUCAAUCUUCAGGUACUCGAUGUCGUUCAUGACCAUGGAGGCUGCAUCAUCGUCGACUCUACACGACGUGGCAAAAGUAUGCCUGACGCUCUGUCAAAGACGAUACCGAUCUGGAGCACGAUAUUGAACCGACUGCUCUUUCCAGACGAUGCUUCUUCACACAAGCUGAGGACUCCUUUAGAUGUUCUGUCAGAGUCAGAGCAUGCGCAGAUCGAGGGUCGCCUGAAGACAUGUGAGCAAGACGUGGGGACUUUGGGUCUCAAUCUUGAUGAGCUUCGGGAAAAGCUGCACAGCAAGCCACUCCAAGUGACAUGGCAAAGACCUGACGAUGCUCUGCCUACACGCUCGACACAACGACAGGACAACCUGAUUGUCUUGUGUACAGCCUCCAAUCAAACCAGCAACGAGACCUCAGCCACUUCAGACUAUGUACAGGGAGCCGCGGACGACCCUGAAAGCUGGUCUCAUGGACUCGAUGCUGCAAUGUUUUGGAAGCAUAGUGAUAAAUUGCUCUCCGCCACAGAGGACGAACUACCCAUUGUCAUUGCAGCUUUGGUCGAAGAUGCUCGCUCGAACAAGAUACGGCGAGCGUCAACUUUGGUCAAACCUACUACUAGCAUCUACACCAGCAACAAUGAUGAAGCGGAAGCUGCCUUUGCAGAAUACGACGUUAUCAUCUCCUGCGUAACAAAGACUAGUGAUGUCCUGUCGGAAAAGCUCAAAGGCCGGUAUGUACCACUGAUCUGCUCGACCGGGAAGGUUGGCAGCCGGCAACUGCGCUUUCAGCUACCAAAGCUAUCAGCUGUUAAUCACAAUUUGGAGCCGACCAGCAAGAUACUGGUGACCUGCGAUACUGGCAAAGAUCUCGCUAUAGGCACAGCAUUAGCAUUGUUAUGCACGUCCUUCACGGAGGGAGGCGCGUUACGGCAGCUACCUGAUAUUGACACAUCGAUCAACAAGACUGUGAUCAAACAGAGACUGAGCUGGAUUAUGGUGUCUAUGCCGGAUGCUUCGCCCAGCAGAGCGACCCUCCAGAGCGUCAACGCAUUUCUGAUGGGAUGA